AUUGCAAUCAACCUUCACCACUCAAAACCUAAGAUACAAACAAUGGCGACGGCUAGGCUGUUGCAGACGCCGGCCAGGCCUUUCUGUUCUUCCGGGUCGCCGUCUUUCGCCGCGGCGGGGAGGACCGUCGGGUGCCUGAACUUGGUGGCACCGUCCGGUGGAGAGAGGAGCGGUUUCGAGAAACCGAAGAUGGUCGUGAAGGCUGCCGCGUCGGCGGUUGCUGCUGAGUCUGCGAGAGUGAUCACGGCCGAGCCUUGGAUAAAUGGUGUGGGCGCGGAUUUGGCUUCGUUUGUGGGUAUUGCUGUAAGCGCCGCGCUGGUCGUUCUGAGAGCAGCUGUGAAGAGGAGGCCGAUGAAGUUAAACGUCCAGUGUCUCGUUGAGAAGGCGAUAGUUGACUGCCGGUUUUUCACAUUAUUUGCGGUUGCGGGAUCUUUACUGGGCUCGGUGUUGUGCUUCGUGGAGGGUUGCGUCAUUGUGAUCGAGUCAUACGUGGAGUACUUCCAGUCGAUGUCGCGGAUGUCCGAUCAAGGGCACGUGGUGCUGCUGCUUAUCGAAGGCUUAGAUAUGUUCUUAGUCGGAACGGCAAUGCUGAUAUUUGGGGUUAGUUUGCACGUGAUGUUCGUCGGAUCGCAGGCCAAAAGAGAGAGAGGGCCGUGGCUAUCCGGGUCCAACCUCUUCGGCCUCUACUAUCUGACGAGGCUUCCAGCGUGGGCGGAGACGCAAUCGGUUUCGCAGGCCAAGUCGAGGAUCGGGCACGCGAUGAUGAUGAUCCUUCAAGUCGGGGUGCUGGAGAAGUUCAAGAGCAUCCCCGUCCUGACCUGCUUGGAUCUCGCUUGUUUCGCCGGCGCCGUGCUCCUUUCCUCGGCCUGCAUAUUCCUCCUAUCGAGACUUUCUUUGAGCAGUUCUUCCGCGGAUGGUGUAACGGAGAAGACUCCACUAUAAAGGACUGAGAACAGUAUCUUGCUGAUUGAUGCCAAGACCAAGCCUUUGAGGAAGCAUGUGCAAACUCAAACUUCUUUCUUUUUUUAUGAUGAAAUUGUAUACAUAUUCUUUUCUAGUGCUGAUUUUGGAUCUGAUUUGGCUAUGGAAUAUUGAUAAUCAUUGGAAGAAAAUUUUGCGAUA